AUGGAGGAGGAGAUGGACCGCUUUGAAGCGGAAAUCCAGAUCCCAGGAGGUCCUCCAUCUGGACAAUUUAUUCUCAGAGCAAGCACGUUUGACAAAGUUCAAGCCCAGCUGACAUCCCUGCGCCAGGAAUCAUCCCGACUACAGCAGAAGAGAGAGGGCACAGUUGAAGAUGUUGAUCUGCGCCAGCUGAAUUCCAACUUCACCGCUGGACAGAAGCGAAAGUUCUCUCCUGAUCAUGAUGAGGAUGAUGAUGAUGAUGAUGACGAUGAGUUUCAUGAUAUUGAUGAAAGGCCCGGAAGGCCUCAGGGACCUUUUGUUCCUCCUCCACCACCACCGCCACCAUCAAUCUUACGUCAACUGCCAGUGGUACAUGAUAACAACAACUUGUUUGUGCCACUGCCUCCUCCACCCCCUCCACCAGAACCCAACGGUUUUGAAAACAACAGCAUACACUCAACAUUGUCUUUUAAGCCAUACGGGCCUGGUGAGGGUCCCCAUUUACCUCGGCCAGCCUUUCUGCCACCUCAGCUGCGACAUCGGGCACCUCCGCCAGGUCUCCGGCCACCAUUUCCAAGACCUCCAAUGCAGAUGGGCAUGCCAUUUGGUGGUCCGCUCGGAUUCCCCAGACACCCACACAUGAUGAUGCUAGGUCAACAGUUACACCGGAUGAACACAGUUGGUCCUCAGGGACUUCCAGUACCUGGUGUAGGUGUCCCUGUUCAGCAGGGACCACAGAUCAUGCCCCCAGGACCUCCAGGUGUUGAACCAGGGAGCAUGCCGUUUAUGACCCCAUCAUUGGACGCACCUCACACAGAGUCUUCCCCCGGUGUAACUGAACAGUCGAAAAUUGUUUAUGCUGCUGCCCCAAUGAUAACAGUGGAGAGGAAAAAAGAGGAGAAGAAGAAGAAAAAAAAGAAAAAGAAAGGACAGACAGAAGCAGGUCAAGGUGGAGAAAAUAAAGACAAAACAGCAACCCAGAAUAAUAUCGAUGGCACAAACCUGACUGUCGGCUCGUUGCCUGAUGAAGACAAGUCAAUCUUAGAUAUGGAGAUUGUCCCAGAGAGUGCUUUGGUUGGAGGGAUUGUGCUGUCAAAUACAAUGCAGGAUGCUUCUGCUGCUGCUGGCACUGUGAAUGCACAAGGGGUCACAGGAACUGGCGGGAAGAAGGAGAAGAAGAAGAAAGAUAAAAAAUUUCUGCGACUGGCUGCUAACACAACAUGGGAAGACCCUACUUUGGCAGAGUGGCAACAAGAUGAUUUCCGUAUGUUCUGUGGUGAUCUUGGAAAUGAGGUUACUGACGAGACUCUAGUGCGGGCUUUCAAUAAGUAUCCCAGCUUCCUGAAGGCUAAGGUUAUCCGAGACCGUAGAUCAAACAAGACAAAGGGAUAUGGGUUUGUCAGCUUUAAGGACCCACUGGAUUUUGCUCGUGCGAUGAGGGAGAUGAAUG